GAGCUUCCCGCCGUCGCUCCCCCCAAACCGAUACGCCCAACUCAACCGGCCCCUUUCAGGUCAAUACCUCCUCGGAAAAUAAUAAGAUAAACUCAAGCCUUCGCCCAGGCUACGGCAAUCCUCAAGAAUCGCGAUUUUGGAAAAAAAUUCGACGCGUUUCCCUGCUCUUCUGUCAACUUUCAACCUCGACUGUUACUGACCAACUACACGGGCUCCAUCCGACGAGGCCCCCCCAGCAGCCGCUGGCGCGCGAUAUCACGAGUUUGAUCACGCCGACAACACGUGAACUCCAGCAAAACCCGUGAUCUGGCUCACCGCCCAGACCACGCCGCGAAGCACAUGAUCUAAAGGUAUGCGAGCUGUCCCAUUUUUCUGACGAUCUUCCCGUCUGCCCUAUCGUCUCUCAUCGCUAUCACACUGCACUGCAACGGAGGCACACUUCCGCAGAAAGAUUGCUUUUCCUCAUUUGCGCCAUUUUUGGGGAUGCUGUCUUGUUCAAGCGCAUCUCGCGAUCUGUUGCCCAGCCACAAUCAAGCGAUUGUGAUGGAUGAAAAGUCAUCAUCCGACGGCGAAUACAUCCUCUAGUCAUCCAGGACAAUUCUUUUUCCAGCAGACACGACCUGUCAAUCCAUACAACCAAGCGUCAUCUCCUUCUGAUGAGCAUGGCGUAUGCCGAUUGAACCAUAUACUAUACCACGACAAUCUCAGCCCUCAUGUUGAGCCGUCAGUUGCGGUCUCGUCAAUGUCAAGCUUUUCCUGCUACCAAUCUUUCACGGCAUCGAAGAGCAAGCGCUCCAGUAUCUGCUCAUGAGAAGCGGUCGCUGCUUGAGGACACCACUCAGCUUUGCCAUCCGUCACGGCUUACGGAGUGUUUGAUGCUUACUCAUUUGCCUUGACCUGACCUUUCGUGUUUGCUACUUCAUGGUCUCACCACAUGCAAUCCCGAAAUUAUUGAUGCUAACCAAUCUUACAUAGUCCCCGCUUCAUUCAAUUGAAUCUAGCUUGAGUCGACGGAAGGAUCGUGUCCACUAUCCGCAGCUCCGCCUAGUAACCCUCUCUCAUUCUCACAUUUGAACCCACGGUCUCCCCCAACAACUCUCGACCACAGCAACAAUGGCCGACGUCAUGAGUGAGCAUCCUGACUUGUCGGAGUUGGCCCGCUCUCCUUCUCCCGGCCAGAAACGAAAGCGCGACGACGACUUGUCCGAUUCGAUGAGUCCUAGCCGAAAGCGUUCCAGUGCUGAAGGACUUUCAGAUGUGGACACUGCAGCUUUCAUCGAGAAUGCUGUCGAGGCUGCCCAUGCCGCUGCCCAGAAUGGCGUCUCCGCCGCGGACUUCAGCGCCCUGCAACAAGCUGCCGCUGCUGAGCAUUCCGAAGCCGCUGAUCCGGCCAAUGCUUCCAGCACCGCUGCUGCCGCCCUCGGAUCCAUGUAUCCCACCCUUCAUGUUCCUCCUACGACAGAGGAGCAGUUUGCUGCACAGUCGAGCAACGAUCCGACCCACGGUCAAGACCAUGGCUUCGGUCAUGCUGACCUGAGCCCGCCGGACGGGCUCCCAGGUCUUCCCCCUGUCCCCCAGCCUACGAAUGGCCUUCAGUCUGUGCAACCUCAGCAAUCCCACCAACCUCACCAGCAUCAACAACCUCCCCCACCUCAGCACCGUUAUUCGUCUGGAUCAGCUGGCACUCCCGCUAAGAAACCGGACGUCGGCUCUGAGGAGUGGCAUAAGAUGCGCAAGGACAACCACAAAGAGGUCGAGCGUCGUCGCCGUGAGACAAUCAACGAAGGCAUCAAUGAGCUGGCCAAGAUUGUGCCCAAUUGCGAGAAGAACAAAGGCUCCAUCCUUCAGCGUGCCGUCACAUUCAUCAAUCAACUCAAGGAGAACGAGACGCAAAACAUCGAGAAAUGGACUCUUGAGAAGCUGCUUACGGAGCAAGCCAUAGCAGAGCUUAGUGCCUCUAAUGAUAAGCUGAAGCAAGAGUGCGAACGUCUCUACAAGGAACUAGAGACUUGGAAACGAGUUGCUCAGAAUGCGGGUCUUUCAUACCCCCAGGCGAACAAAGAGGAACCGACGAGUACGACCUAGAAGGUCUCAGCUCAAGAUCAGACCCCUUAUACUGCGGCCAACGUGGAGGUGGCGUUAUCUCCUCAGCAGGCUCACAUCGAUCAGGCGGACCUUCAGCAUGAGACUCAGCAGGACCAGCACGAUGCCCUUCUGUACGGACCCUCCGCCCUCUUCGUCGACGAGGUCAGCGAUGAACAUGAACCUCCUCAACAUCAGCUUGACAUCCCUGAGCACCAAGCCUCCGCCUCUUUCGACCCCUUUCGCCAGCCAUGUCCGAUUGCCCCUCGUGUGAUCUCUCCUCAUACGACUCCUCCUAGCGCGAUUGCUCCUCCGAUUCCUCCCACAAGAUCCUAUUCGCCUCAAUCUUCUGGAUUCGCUGCGUCGAUCCCACGGGGCAUCUGUCAGAUCGAGAACCUGGACUCGGACCCUUCUUUUUACUUUUCACCUUAUACCCCCAGCCAGCAGUAAGCUGCUUUUUGUUGUUUCCUCAGAUUAUAAAGCACGGUAGCCGCGGUAGAUAGGCUAUAUCAUAAUCAACCUUGCUCUCUAACUGUCAUGUUUUCUCAUACGUAUAUGGUUUCACCACAGCGUUGAACAAGACCUUGCGUUGGGUUUGUAGGAUUUGGGUGUUUAUAACAGAGGCGUUAUAUGGAUCACCGAGCCUUUCUGCUUUAGGGCAUUAAUAAGACACCGGCUCGUUCCAUGUGCAAAAAUCCAAAUUCUGUCUUUUCUGUGGCGUCUAUUAUCUCGACUAAAACAUUGAGACAUUUCCGUCGAGGAAUCGCCGUAGACCGACUUCCAAUGUCCACUACGAUACUCCUAGUCGGUUGGAAGAAUCUUGCCGGUGCGUAAAGUUUGCACGAGAAACCUCCAAAGCUUUCCAGAUUGGCUGAGUGGUAAGAAACGGCGAGAGAUGAUUUGCUUCACUUUUAAGAAUGCGCUUGGAAUAAAGAAGCCGUCCAUGAGUUGACUGUGUCUUUGUUACAACACCAGGGUAUAGAUUCUCUUCCCUCUUAGUCUCAAAAGUCGGGCCAGAGAAGACUCGACGCGGCA